GCCACGCUGCCUGUCAGGACCAACCCCAGGGGGUUCGAGGGCACAGCGGUUAUAUAGGCCAAAAUGCCGUCGGUGGAAAGGAAGCCUGAAACAAUUCCACCCCCGGUCACUUUUUCCCCAUCAUGCUGUCCCUGGCGAUCCAGUCCUUGCUGUUCGAGGCAGACGCCCAUGCGGCCAGUCCGGCCCUGCAGCGUCGCUCGUCCUCGUCGGCAAGCACUGAGGGCGAGGCUGUCAUGAGCCCACUGCCGAGUUUGCAGACCAAGGGCUUGAUCGUAAUCUCGGCGCUGGCCACCGUCUCACUCAUUUGUACUCUUUCCUUGUUGACUUUCUUUACCUAUCGUUUUAUCUUCUGGAAACGCCACUACAAACGUUACAUCGGUUACAAUCAAUAUGUCGUGCUCAUGUUCAAUCUCAUUCUGGCUGACUUUAUCCAAAGUCUGGGCUUUAUCAUCAGUCUGCGAUGGAUCCAGACCAACUCGGUGACCGCCUCAGAUCCUGCAUGCUUCCUGCAGGGGAUCUGGCUGCAGAUUGGUGAUCCCAUGAGUGGUCUGUUUGUGCUCGCCAUCGCCGCACAUACUUUUAUGCACGUCACCUUGGGGUACCAGAUCUCACACCGUCUCUUCGUCUCCAUCAUUUGUGGCCUGUGGCUCUUUGGGGUUAUCACGACUGUCAUUCCGAUCGCAGCACACGGUCGGUACGUGUGGUAUCCAGCUGUAGCCUGGUGCUGGAUGACCCCCAAGUAUGAGUCGAUGCGUCUGUGGACUCACUACUUUUGGAUUUUCGCCUCUGAAUUCUUCACCGUCGUCCUGUAUGCGAUCAUGUUCAUUCAGCUGCGCAAGAAAAUCGCCGAGUCAGCCAUUCUGGGCGAGCACAACUCUGAGAGUCUGACCCGACUCAAGCGCGUUAUUUUCCACAUGGCCUUAUACCCUGUGGUGUAUAUCUGCCUUACCUUGCCCCUUGCCGCAGGUCGAAUGGCUUCCGCCAGUGGUCAUUCCCCCAGUGUGCUCUACUUCUGCUUUGCCGGAUCCUUCAUGACGCUGUGUGGCUUCUGUGAUUCCCUCAUGUACACGUUGAGUCGCCGCAGCGUGGUGCUGGAGCCCGAGGCCAGGAUCCACGGCAGCAGCAACAAAUAUUCCAGCCGACCGAACAAAUCGUCGGUCGCACACCACUAUGGAAACAGUAUCGAUGGCAAGGGACCGACCAACACGACGAUUGCUCGCGGUCGCAGCGAUUCCACCGAGGAGAUGAUCGGCAAGGACGGGUUGGAGCUGGCCCCGAUGGGAGUGGUGCUGCAGCACACGACGAUCGAGGUCACCCAUGAGGCGGCGUAUGACUCGGCAUCGAGCAAUCUGAGUGGCCAACGCGAGCGAAGCAGCAUUUACCAUUAAACUUCCUAAGCUGUCAUGACGAUUUUGCAACUUUUAUAUGAGAUUACCGGCCGAACACCGAGCGCCGGGUUUAUACAAUUUUAAUCAAGUCGCAUUUGCCAUCCUAUUACAGAAACAGUCGAGAAAGGUGUUCCCUUUUUCUUUGCAUCUGCGACAAAGUCCGUCUCGCCACAGCUAUGCGAGCAUCACGCGCCCACAAGCUAUCGUCGCUGAUCGAUUUGCGACCGACGCGCGCAUUGUAUCUGAAGGUCCCUCCACCGUACUUCAGAGGACCGAAACCCUCACUGGGUUAGCGACGACCCAGCCCAGCCACUGAGUGGCGCGGCCAACCCACAUGCGCCGUGAAAGGGACACCUAGCCCACAGGCAAUGAAAUGCCAGUCAAAAUGGGCAAUUUCAUCAAGAUCCCGAUCCAGUCACCUAGACCAGACAGACUUUGCAACGCUUUGACUGCAACGCUUUGACCUGCGCUGGCCACGCAAUGAAUGAAAUGGCGCCUAUCCUGGUAAUUUUCCGGGGUUAAUGAUUCUGGCGGAGGACAGCAACAUCUGCCAUCUACACGUCACUGUACAUAUUUCCUAUCAGUCAUGAUGCAAGUAUAAACGAACAUAAAAUCAAAAAGACAAUUACUACCACAAUACAGUAUACACAAGUA